AUGACCACGGCUCUCCUGGGUCUUGUCAUGUUGGGAGUCGCCGCCUUCAACAUCUUCUUGUACCCCUUCUACGUCUCACCCCUCCGCCGCCUCCCAGGACCAACCGACAAUACCUUCUUUCUUGGCCAGACGACAAAGUUCCUCCAGGUCGCCUGGUUCCCGGAGCUCCUUUGUGAGUGGUCUCGCUCGUACCCCGAGGCCCCUUUUAUCCGCUACCUGAACUUUGCCAACUCGGAAACCCUUUUUGCGAACACCAUCGAGGCGUACAAGGAGAUUCUCCAGACAAAGAGUGCCAUGUUCGUCAAGCCGGGAUUUGCAAGGGACUUCGUUCAUGAGAUCGUCGGAGACGGACUCCCUUUCAUUGAGGGGAAGCUUCAUCGUCAGCGUCGUGCGGCCAUCAGCCGCCCUUUGUCAACCCCACGCCUCAAAGCCUUCUUCCCCGUUGUGCAGAACAAGGCCGAGCAGCUCGCUCAAGUCCUCUCUGAACAGCGAAACAGUGUUGGGAACGUUCAAGUUGAGACAAACAUCUGGAAGGCGGUCCUCGAUGUCAUUGGCCUCGAAACCUUUGGCCUUGACCUCAACCACCUUGAGGCCGACCAAUCCCCUCUGUUCAAGGCAUUCACCAACAUGAUGCAGCCGUCUCUGAUUGGCCACAUUGUCAACUAUCUCAACUCACUGGUCCCAAUCCGGCAAUUUCUUCCCAUUGAGGAAUGUCGAGAGCUUGUUCAGUCUUGUACCCAGGCUCGAGAGUUCAUCAUUGGCAUGAUCGCUAUCAGACGCCGGGCAUUGGAGAAGGGACAUGUUGAAGAAACGCAAGAACCCGAUACCCUCCAGUGUCUUCUCGACUAUUCCGACCCCUCUUGGGACGACAAUUCUGUAGUCGAAUAUGUCCUGAACCUCUUGAUCCUCGGGCACGACACGACAGCUUGCUCAAUCACCUGGGCUCUUCAUGAGCUUUCACGCCGACCCGAGUGUCAACAGCGUCUACGCAGUGAAAUCAUUGGCUUCGACAAGACUUGCCCAUCGCCCGACUUUGGCGACAUCGACAAGCUCCCAUACCUGCACAACUUUGUGCGGGAAGUUCUGCGACUCUACUGCGCCGUCGCCAUGGCACCGCGCCAAGCCACCCAGGACGUCGAGAUCGCUGGCGUCUUGCUCCCCAAGGGGACCGUGAUCCAGCUCUCGCCAGCCGUCAUGAACACGCACCCGUCAAUCUGGGGCCCGACAGCCCAGACCUUUGACCCGGACCGCUGGGACAACCUCGAGGACACGGCGGCGAGCGCCUACGCCUUUGAGACGUUCCACAACGGGCCACGCAUGUGCAUCGGCAAGCAGCUGUCGAUGCUGGAGAUGAAGGUGAUGCUGGCCGAGAUGGUGCGCCGCUUCCGCAUUGAGAAGCCGCUUGGUUUCGAGGAUAGACCGGUUGAGGUCGCGGCGCCGACGUUUACGCUGCGGCCCAAGGAGAAGUUGGUUUUGCGACUUGUUGAGCUGUGA